AUGUGGCUGGUGCUAUUGCUGCAGUGCGUAAUUCUGGGCAGUUCGGUCCUGGCUUUAAGCCAUAUACGAAAUGAAACAUCCUUCGAAACGUCCCCUGUCCAGUGGAGUCCCCGCAGCCUGGGCAGGAUUAUAGCCCAUUGUCUGGGAGGUUUGGAGGUGUGGGAGUGUCUGGGGUCCGAAAGCGAGCGAUUGCUGGAUGGUGCCACUAAGGAUAACAGCACCUGGCAGAUCAGCGAUUAUCUGAGCAUUGAACCACUGGACAGGCUUAACAAUCAGGAGCGGAGGCGGAUGGACACUGGAUUACCGGGAAAACUAAUGGAGUUGGUCCAGGGUAGAGCUCUGCGAUUUCAGCUUCCACGGCAGCUGACCAUUUCGAACGCCAUCGACGACUUUGGCAGCGAACUGGGCCUCGAUCAAGGUCGCAAAAAGAAGGACAAAGACAAGCACAUGGCCAUGAUGGGCGGCAUGAUCAUGAUGGCCACUCUGGCCCAAAUGUUCCUGGGCAAGGUCAUCCUCAUCGCCGGCUCCGCCUUCAUUAUGGCCAAGAUCGCCCUGGUCAUCUCGCUGCUGGGCAGUCUAAAAAAGGGCUCGACUGGCCACAGUGGUAGUGGCGGCGGCGGCGGUGGCACGGAGCACGUGGUGGUGCAUUCGAGCCAUGAGAGCAGCGGCUGGCACCGCAGCAUGCCCACCCACGACUACGCCUCCUCGCAGCUGGAGCAGCUGGAGGAGCCCCCACUGGGCGGCCAAACGGAGGUCUACCAGGCCUACCAGAUGGAGCCCCUGAAGCGCCGCCUGCAUCAGGCGGAGUCCGCCCCACAACAGCCACGUUCGGAGGCCACCAAACCCUCACGAGGUUUUCUAUAG